UAUGUAAAUGUGGAGGAGACGAUACGAUUGUGGGGGGAAAGGAAAGAGAUUGGCUCUGGUAGCUGGGAUAGGGCUACUGGGUACGAUAUUCCAGGUGACUCACUAUCGAGAGCUGAAGAGCAUAUGGAAGAUAUCUGUGGGUUCCGGAUGCAUGAGGCCGAUGAACACACUCCACCUUUGGUCGGGUGUUGUAUGCAAUCUCAGUCACGACUACAAUGCUCAAAAUCUGUACAAUAA